AUGGAUGUUUUCAUUGAUGUUAACAUUGACUUUAACGUUCACGUUGCUGUUCUAAUUGACGUUCACGUUGAUGUUCAAGUUGACGAUCAUAUUCACGUUGACGUAAAAUUUCAUGUUCACAUUGACAUUCACGUUCAUGUUAACGUUCGCUUUGAUGUUUAUGUUGAUGUUUACGUUGAUGUUGACGUUGACGUUGACAUUGAUGUUGAAGUUAACGUUGACAUUCACGUUCACAUUGUUGUUGACAUUGUUGUUCACAUUGAUGUUGAUGUUCAAUUCACAUUUACGUUUCACGUUAAUGUUGAUGUUCAAAUUGAGUUUGACGUUAACGUUCACACUACUGUUCACAUUGCAAUUACGGUUGACAUUAGAGAUGUCGUUGCACAUACAUUUACAUUGACGCUCACAUCAUAUUUACGUUUAAUUCAUGUUGAUAUUGACGUUCACAUUCAAAUUGAUGUUCACGUUCAUAUUGAGUUUUACGGUGAUGUUUACGUUAAUAUUGAUGUUGAUGUUUACGUUUACAUUGACACUUUUAUGGACGUUUUUAUUGAUGUUAACAUUCAAGAUGAUGUUCAAAUUGACGGUUACGUUGUUGUUCAAGUUGAUGGUCAUAUUCACGACAUUCCCGUUGACGUUCACAUUCACAUUGACGUUGACAUUCACGUUCAUGUUCAUGUUCACAUUUACGCUGAUGUUUAUAUUGACGUUCAUGCUCAUGUUAAUAUUCACGUUCAAAUUUAUAUUAACAUUUUUGUUGAUAUUGACAUUGACAUUGAAGCUGACGUUGAUAUUGACAUUGAUUUUGACGUUGACGUUUCACAUUCAUAUGUUUGCAUUUACAUUUAUGUUGACGUUGAUGUUAAUAUUGAUGCUGACGUUGAUGUAUAUGUUGACGUCGAUGUAGAUGUUGAUGUUGACAUUGACAUUGAUAUUGACAUUCAGGUUGACGUUGGUGUUCAAAUUGUCUUUGAUGAUAAUAUUGAUGUUAACGUUUAUGUUCACGUUCAUGUUCAUGCUCACAUAAACAUUCAUGAUGAUGUUCACGUUGAUGUUGAUAUUAAUAUUGACAUUUAUGUUCAAGUUAAUGUUGACGUUUACAUUAAAGCCAAAGAUGACAUUUAUGAUGACGUUCACAUUGACAAUUACGUUAACGUUCAUGUUCACAUUGACGUUGAAGUUUACUUUUACGUUCACAUUCACGUUCCCAUUGAAAUUUAA